UAUAUAUAUAUAUAUAUAUAUAUAGCUCAUGUUUUUAUGUCAAAGCUAGCUAUGGCUUCACCAUUAAAAUAGCCUUAAGUUUCUUCUUCCUUUGUGUUUUAUUCAAGGGUUUUAUCAAAGAUCACAGUCAAUAAGGUGCUUCAACCUGAAAAAAAUCUGACUUCACCGCAGCAGCAAAGUCUUUCAUAUGCCUGGAGCCCCGCGGCAACUGGACAACGAGCCCAAGAAAAUGCGGGGAAAGGCAGUUUCAGGGAAAGCCAUUUUCGUAUUAUGUCUUACUAGCUUUCUUGCAGGAUCACUCUUUACUAGCCGAACGUGGACUAGUCACACUGGUACUUCUCAUAACAAAAAUCAUCCAACUGGUCCACCCAUUCCAAAGCUUGCUAGCAAUAAGUUGGGAGAAGUAGCCCGUGGCUUUGAUCACAAACGUAGAAUGGCUCAAGGAAAGGCAGAUGAUAUCAUGGGAGAGGUCUCAAAAACUCACCAGGCUAUCCAGUCUCUUGAAAAAUCAAUUUUAAGCUUGGAAAUGGAACUGGCGGUGGCUCGUAUAAGUCAAAAUACUGUUGGACGACAUUCCAUGGAAAAGACAUCAUCUAAUCACACAUUGCAGAAGGCUUUUGUGGUUAUAGGAAUUAAUACAGCAUUUAGCAGCAGGAAAAGAAGAGACUCCGUUAGAGAAACAUGGAUGCCUACAGGAGAAAAACUGAAGAAAUUGGAGAAAGAAAAAGGAAUUGUUAUAAGGUUUGUAAUAGGGCACAGUGCAACGGCAGGUGGGGUACUUGAUAAGGCUCUGGACAAAGAAGAGGCAGAGUACAAGGACUUUCUAAGGCUGAAACAUGUGGAGGGCUACCAUCAACUGUCCACCAAGACCAGACUCUAUUUCUCUACUGCUGUUUCCAUAUGGGAUGCGGAAUUCUAUGUCAAGGUGGAUGAUGAUGUCCAUCUGAAUUUGGGUACGCUGGCCAGCACGCUUGCAAAGUAUCGAUCCAAGCCCAGAAUCUACAUAGGAUGCAUGAAAUCUGGACCAGUUCUGUCGCAGAAAGGGAUGAAAUACCACGAGCCAGAGUACUGGAAAUUUGGAGAUUCUGGAAACAGGUAUUUCAGACAUGCCACUGGACAAAUAUAUGGGAUCUCCAAGGAUCUGGCUGCCUAUAUUUCCAUCAACUCGCCCAUUCUGCAUAGAUACGCCAAUGAGGACGUUUCUUUGGGGUCAUGGUUCAUUGGCUUAGAAGUUGAACACGUCGACGACCGUUCCAUGUGCUGUGGGACCCCUCCAGACUGCGAAUGGAAGACACAAGCAGGGAAUAUAUGUGUGGCAUCGUUUGAUUGGUCGUGCAGUGGAGUAUGCAAGUCGGCUGAGAGAAUGAAAUAUGUGCAUGACUCUUGUGGAGAAGGAGAUGGUGCAAUUUGGAAAGCUGAUAUCUAAGCUUGGCACUAUAUGAAAUGUAUUUCUUGAAGAUAUAUAUAUAUAUAGA